AUGGGGAAUGAACUUAACUCAUCCUCCAAUUCGACAUAAUAUUCUUAUAUGUUUCGAGGAAAAUAAUUGAACAUUAAAAACAUAAGCUAACCUCCAAAGCUUUAAAUUAAUGUGGAUAAUUUUGAAGAAAUAUUUGACUAAAUACUUUCUGAUACAAAUCUAGAAAAAAAAAAGUUUUCAAACUUNUGUAUCAAUAUGAACCAUCCUGGUAUAUUUCUAACAAAUCGACAUAUUUUUAUCCAAUAGGUAGGUAAAAAUAAAUUCUCAAAUCAACCUACUUAGAAUAUGACCUGA